AUGAUGAAGGCUUUGCAACUGACGAAAGAGCUCGAGGCUUCUCUGCCAAUUCUUUCACUUACCAAUGUCCCAAUUCCGACUGCCAUUCCUGGCUUCGCUCUCGUUAAAAUCCAAUACUCGUGCAUUAAUCCGUCGGAUAGAUUCAACAGUGUUGGUGGGUUCCCGAAGACAACCUUCCCCCGCAUUCCUGGUCGCGACUAUUCCGGCACGGUGAUCGAUCUGAAGAAUGAGUCAGAUGCCAUACGCUCCAAAUGGAUCGGGAAAACCGUCUACGGAACUGGUGGUUCCGAAUUCGGGUUCAAAAUGGAUGGCCCACACGCGCAAUACUGCCUCAUCCCCGAGAACAUGCUAAUCGAGAAGCCUGACACAAUUUCUCUCGUUCAGGCUGCUGCAGUUGGGGUUCCUUUUACAACAGCUUUGCGGUGUCUCACCCGAGCAAAGACAACAACAAACGAUGCCGUUCUUGUUCUAGGCGCCGGUGGGGCCGUGGGAUCUUCCGCUGUUCAAGUCGCCCGAGCAAUAGGGUGCAAGCGCAUCUUCACUGCAACUCGAGACAAGCGCGACAAUCCAGAUAUCCUAUUGGAAGGAGACAUCGCUGCAGAGCUUCAGAGCAAAAUUCCAUCACUCACAAACAAUCAAGGCGUCAACGUGGUGAUCGAUACUAUCGGAAAUCUCGAUAUCAUGAAUGCUGCCAUCCAGGCUUUAGCUGUCAAGGGUCGGUAUGCAUGGAUUGCUGCGCCUAAAGGAGGGGGUUCCACUGAGAUCAGUUUCGACAUUUUCGCGGCCUAUCGAAAGGAAAUUGAACUUGUGGGCCGUAACUCUGGUCUUGCUACAACCGAAGAUACUGCGGAAGAGAUGCAAACUUUGACCCGUUUCUUUGAACAGAAUUUGAUUCACCCGCGACCUGAGUCUUUAAUGACUGUGGUCAAUUUGGAUGAUGCCAUUGAGAAGGGAUAUAAGGCCUCUCCAAGUAAGAAUCAGACUGUGUUGAGGAUGGAUUAG